CACAGAAAAGAUGUUCAUUCCAUGGGAAUAUUUUUUUACUACAUUUCACUUGCUUUCACUAAUGUAACACUAUUCACAUCCUGACCCACAAAAUAAUUUUUGAGGAGUCGAUGUCACUGAUUUUCUUUGCUUUGUUUACAUAUUUCUCUCCAGACACUCUACAACAGUGUAGCUCUUGCACACUUUGAAAGCCUUUACAGUUCAAUUUAUACAUUGAAUGAGAAAGAUAUAUUCCAAUAUCCUUUUUUUCUUUUCUUGGAAACUUGCUUGAUACAGGAAUUUACAAACGGGAUAUAGUUUUUCUCCUUGAUGGCUCAGAUGACUCCAGAAAUGGACUUCUUGUCAUCCGUGAGUUUAUUAGGAGAAUGGCAGAGGAUCUUGACAUCGACCAGGACAUUGUACGAGUCGCUGUUAUACAGUACAGUGAAAAUGCUUUGGCACAUUUCCUUCUUAAUACUUACAAUAGCAAGAAGGCUGUCCUUUAUGCCAUUAAUGGCCUCACAGCAAAAGGUGGACGGACCCUGAAUACUGGAGCAGCGCUGCAGUAUGUCAGGGAUCAUGUUUUCACUGCUGCCUCUGGAAGUAGACAUCAGCUAGGAGUCCCUCAGCUGUUGAUUGUCAUGACUGGUGGCAAGUCUAGUGAUGAUGUGGCAAGUCCUGCUGAAGAUCUAAAACAUUUUGGAGUUCUGUCCAUUGCCAUUGGAAUAAAGAAUGCAGUAGAGGCAGAUCUCCGAAGCAUAGCAUUUUCACCUAGAUUUCUAUUUAAUCUCCCAGUCUUUGGUGAAAUUUUAAUUAUACAGCCUGAUAUUCUGUCAUUUAUCAAAUCCAAAAUGGGAAUAGAACCCCCUACGAUCAUUGGUAAGAAUAACCACACUUGCUUGGCAAGUUCUUGAAAUUCAAGCUGAUUCUUUUGACUUUCAGCCUUUAAUACUUUGGACAUGAAACUUGAUGAAAAUCUCCUUCCUUCACUAAACUGCUUGCGUAACCAUGAGGCCAUUUAUUUGUUCAUUCAGCUUUUUCUUAAAGACUGGAAAAUAAUGGCCUUUGCCACUAAAUAUUUACUAUUUAUCUGUGCUGUUCAUCUUUUGUUUGAUUCUCCAUCAGCAUAC